GGACACGUGUGACAAUCGCAUGACCUGCUCCACCAGCUCUGCCUCCAGCCUCGACACCAGUGCCCAGUUCCAGGAGAAUAAUGGGCAACCGCAGAGCACCAGAUGGGACGAACAGCAGAAGGUGUUUGCCCUCGAGCAGGUCUGUGGUGUCUUUAAAGUGGACCUGGGACAAAUGAGAUCCCUUCGCCUCUUCUUCAGCGAUGAGGCAUGCACCUGUGGACAACUGGUUGUUGCAAGCAGGGAGAGCCAGUACAAGAUCUUCCAUUUUCACCACGGUGGCCUGGAUAAACUGUCCGAGGUGUUUCAGCAAUGGAAGUACUGUGCAGAGACCCAUCUCAAGGACCAGCAGCUUACUGAUGAGAAAACGUGUAUGCAGUUCUCCAUCCGCCGUCCCAAGCUGCCCUCCUCGGAAACCCAUCCAGAGGAGAACACGUACAAGCGUCUUGAUGUGUCUGCCUGGCUCCAUCACCUGAAUGAAUCCGGACAGGUGGAAGAGGAGUACAAGCUGCAGAAGGCCAUUUUCUUUGGUGGGAUUGAUAUUUCCAUCCGUGGGGAGGUGUGGCCCUUUCUGCUGCACUACUACAGCUACGAGUCCACCUCUGAGGAGAGGGAGGCACUGAGACUGCAGAAGAGGAAAGAAUACUUUGAGAUCCAGGAGAAAAGGCUUUCGAUGACUCCAGAUGAACAGAAGGAUUUUUGGUGUAAAGUACAGUUCACUGUAGAUAAAGACGUCGUAAGGACUGACCGCAGCAACCAGUUCUUUCGAGGGGAGGACAACCCAAAUGUGGAAACUAUGAGGAGGAUCUUGCUGAACUAUGCAGUAUUUAACCCAACAAUUGGAUACUCCCAGGGGAUGUCCGACCUGGUUGCCCCGCUCCUGGCAGAGGUCCUAGAUGAGUCGGAUACUUUCUGGUGCUUUGUAGGAUUGAUGCAGAACACGAUCUUCAUCAGCUCACCCCGGGAUGAGGAUAUGGAGAAACAGCUGAUGUACCUGCGAGAGCUGCUGCGACUCAUGCACCCACGCUUCUACCAGCACCUUUCUUCCUUGGGAGAGGAUGGCCUGCAGAUGCUUUUCUGUCACCGUUGGAUCCUCCUCUGUUUUAAACGUGAAUUUCCAGAUGCUGAGGCGUUGCGGAUGUGGGAAGCGUGCUGGGCUCACUAUCAGACUGACUAUUUCCAUCUCUUUAUCUGUGUGGCCAUCGUGGUGAUUUAUGGGGACGAUGUCAUUGAACAGCAGCUGGCCACUGACCAGAUGCUGCUGCAUUUCGGCAACCUGGCUAUGCACAUGAACGGAGAACUUGUACUCAGGAAGGCGAGGAGUCUGCUCUAUCAGUUCCACCUCUUACCCCGCAUCCCCUGCAGCCUGCAUGACCUGUGCAAGCUGUGUGGGACAGGGAUGUGGGACAGUGGCUUCAUCCCCGCUGUGGAGUGCUCUGGCCAUCACCCGGAGUCCGAGAGCUGCCCAUAUGGGGGACUGGCGGAAGUGUCUUCUCCUAAACCAGGAAGCGAAGGCAAGAGAGGCUUGAAAACACGGGACGUCUUUGCUUUCCGAAAAUAGCUGUAGAGGAACAGGGUGUGACAGCGGAAGAGGGAAGGGCAGGAAGGAUGUGCAUAGGAAAAAUGUUGAAGACAAAAAUGGAGGG